AUGCUGGUACAAGUGGAGAUUUGGGGAAAAGGUUUAGAAUUUUGUUAUGGGAAAGCUUUAGUGAAGCUGUUCCCGAAUAAAGAUCUGACACUGUUAAAAGAUAGCGUCACAUUACGGAAUGAGCUCCUAAAGAAAAAACUGAAAAUUCAGAAGGAAAAAUUCAACAUAGAUUCUGUCAACAACCUCCUGGAUGCACUGCUGAAAGCCAAGUUGGACAGUGAUAAUCCUCUGGUCCAGGAACCAGAGAUCACAGAUGAGCACAUUCUAAUGACGGUGGGGGACAUCUUUGGAGCUGGUGUGGAGACCACCAGCAGUGUCAUCAAGUGGUGCAUUGCCUACUUGCUGCACUAUCCCCAGGUAAAGGAGAAAAUUCAGAAGGAAAUUGACCAGAAAAUUGGCUUUGGCCGAACUCCUGUGCUCAGUGAUAGGAACCAGCUUCUCUACCUGGAGUCCACGAUACGUGAGGUACUCCGUAUACGGCCAGUGGCUCCCUUACUCAUCCCCCACAUGGCAUGGACUGACACCAGCAUUGGAGAAUACACCAUCCCCAAAGGCACCAGGAUCUAUGUCAACCUGUGGUCCAUCCAUCAUGACCCUACACAGUGGAAUGAGCCAGAACGGUUUAUCCCAGAACGAUUCCUGGACAAGAAUAAGGACCAACUCAUCAUUCCAAAUGCCAGCUACUUUCCCUUUGGAAGUGGACCCCGGGUCUGUAUUGGGGAGUUCUUGGCCCGGUCAGAGUUAUUCCUCUUUCUGGCCUGGAUCCUACAGAGAUUUGACCUGGAAGUUCCUGAAGAUGGAGAACUCCCUUCCUUAGAUGGGUUGUAUGGAGUAGUAUUUCAGAUAACUCCCUUCAAGUUAAAGAUCAAGCUGAGGAAAGGCUGGAGAGAGGCUGAACUCAGUGCCUAG